AUGGAAGAGAAGAGAGAGGAGGGUGAGAAUAAGGAUACCGAAUCGAGGAAAGACGAGAGGGAGAAGAGGACAGUAGGCAGACCCUCGAGGGCGGAGGAGCUGUCAAGAAUAAGAGAUAGGGCAGGAAGUCAAACAUCAAUCAUAGACUACGUAAAGAAUAAGAGAGGAAGGGAGGAAGAGAGAGAAUCGAUAGAAAAAGCCGAAAAGGAAAUAUUAGAUAGUUUCGGUAAAGGAAAUAGGGAGAUAAGAUCGCCGCCAAACAAGAUAAAAAGAGAGGAAAAGAAAGAAGAAGGUAUGGAGAUGGAGAAAAUGCUGAAAGAGAUUAUAGCGAAGAUGGAUGAACAAGAGAAAGAAAGAAAGAAGGACAAAGAGGAGAUAAUGAAAGAGAUACAGGAAAUGAGAGAGGAUUAUAGAAUGAGAGAAAUACUUUGGGAAGAGCAAAAAGCGAGAUUAGAAAAUAGAAUAAAACAGUUGGAGGAGAAAGUAGGAAAAAUGGAGGAUAACGGAGGCGGAAAGCUAGUGAGCGAAUUUACGAAGAAGAUGAAAGAGAUGGAAAGAAACUCUGAGAUAGUAGAAAGAAGGAGAAGGAGAAAUAACAUAAUCAUUAAAGGAAUGAAAGUGGAAAAUGGAAGUGAAGGAAAGGAGAAGAUGAAGAAAUUUUUGGAAGAAGAAAUUACCAAGAAGAUGGAGGUGGAAGAAGUGCAGACAAUCGGCCGGGGAGAAUAUAAAAUGACGUUAGUCAGAUUCAACAGAUGGGAGGAUAAAAAAGAAAUAAUGGUAAAGAGGAAGGAGAUAGGAAAAGCAAGAAAGAUAUUCAUAGACGAUGAUCUGACGGCAGUAGAGAGGCAAAUACAAAAGCAUUUAUGGAGUAUAGUUAGAGAAGAGAGGGAAAAGGGGAAGAAAGCAACGGUGGGAUACCAAAGAAUAUGGAUUGACAACUGUGAAUGGAAGUGGAGAACCGAAAAGCUAGAAAGGAAAGCUUUUCAGAAAGAGUAG